AGCAGCCUCCUUUGGGACAGCUGCUCUGAGAGAACACAGUAAGCAGGGAGCAGCCAGAAAUCCCUCCUAGCCCAGGGCCACCGUGGGAGGAGUUGAGUUUGCUAAGUAUUGUCAUUUGCUAAGAGAAGGUGUGCGCUCAAGAGGAGGUUUCACCUAGAGGAUCAUUAACUCUUUCAGUCAGCUAGGGAGCGGCAGUGGCUCUACAAGUUCAUCCUGGAAGCGCCUGCUCAGGAAGGUCAGGGAGAAGAAGUGGAAUAACUUUUCAUGGGGGAUCACUCUGAGAAGGGCCAGCAUGCUUUGCUCAACGAAGGAGAAGAAAAUGAGAUGGAGAUAUUUGGCUAUCAGACACAAGGCUGCCGGCAAAUUCUCUGCCUUGCUGGAUCCAUCCUCUCACUCGGGAUCCUUCCCUUGGUGUUUUACUGGAGACCGGCGUGGCACGUCUGGGCAAAUUGCAUCCCGUGUUCCUUGCAAGAAGCAGAUGUCGUACUGCUGAGGACAACAGAUGAAUUCCAAACUUACUCUCGGAAAAAGGUAAUAUGGAUCUACCUGUCAGCAUUAAACAGCGCAUUUGGUCUUACUCCUGACCAUCCUCUCAUUACAGAUGAGGACUUUAUCAUAAACAGAGCCAUCAGAAAGCCAGACCUAAAGGUGAGAUGCAUAAAAGUGCAGAAAAUAAGAUACGUUUGGAACAUCUUAGAAGGGCAAUUCCAGAAAAUUGGCUCUUUGGAAGACUGGCUCAGUUCUGCCAAGAUACAUCUAAAAUUUGGAUCAGGUCUAACAAGAGAAGAACAAGAGAUUAGGAGGUUAAUAUGUGGGCCUAACACUAUUGACGUUGAAAUAACACCAAUUUGGAAACUACUCAUCAAAGAGGUUCUGAAUCCAUUCUACGUAUUUCAACUCUUCAGCGUCUGUUUGUGGUUUAGUGAAGACUAUAAAGAAUAUUCUUUUGCCAUCAUAAUCAUGUCCAUCAUUUCCAUAGCUUUGACAGUGUAUGACCUCAGACAGCAAUCUGUAAAACUCCAUCAUCUAGUUGAGUCACAUAAUAGCAUUACAGUUUCUGUAUGUGGGAAAAAAGAUGGAAUUCAAGAGCUGGAAUCGCGCUUCCUGGUGCCUGGAGAUUUAUUGAUUUUGACAGGCCACAAAGUGCAAAUGCCAUGUGAUGCCCUUCUGAUUGAUGGCAGCUGUGUGGUGGAUGAAGGCAUGCUGACAGGGGAAAGUAUUCCGGUCACUAAAACUCCAUUACCCAAGAUGGAUGGCUCUGUGUCCUGGAAGAUGCAGAGUGAAACGGAUUACAAGCGGCAUGUCCUUUUCUGCGGGACAGAGGUUAUCCAGGCCAAGGCGGCUGGCCCAGGAACUGUGAGAGCGGUCGUACUGCGCACUGGAUUCAACACCGCCAAAGGGGAUCUGGUGAGAUCCAUCCUCUACCCCAAGCCGAUGAACUUUAAGCUCUACAGGGAUGCCAUCAGGUUCCUCCUGUGCCUUGUCGGGACGGCCACCAUUGGGAUGAUCUAUACUCUGUGUGUCUACGUUCUCAGUGGGGAACCUCCCGAGGAGGUGGUGAGGAAAGCCCUGGAUGUCAUCACCAUUGCAGUUCCUCCUGCUCUACCUGCUGCUCUGACCACAGGCAUUAUCUAUGCCCAGAGGAGGCUGAAGAAGAAAGGCAUCUUCUGCAUUAGUCCCCAGAGGAUCAAUGUAUGUGGACAACUAAACCUUGUCUGCUUUGACAAGACAGGCACCUUAACGAGGGAUGGCUUGGACCUUUGGGGAGUCGUGCCCUGUAAUAAGAAUGGUUUCCAGGAAGUCCACAGCUUUGCCUCGGGUAAGGCUUUGCCAUGGAGCCCACUGUGUGCAGCCAUGGCCAGUUGCCAUUCCCUGAUCCUUCUCGAUGGGACCAUUCAGGGAGACCCUCUGGACCUCAAAAUGUUUGAGGGGACUGCCUGGGAAAUGGCUGUUUCUGAGGACGAUUUCCACAUCAAGGGAGUGCCAGCACAUGCUAUGGUAGUUAAGCCCUGCAAAACAGCCAGCCAGGUCCCUGUGGAAGGAAUUGCAAUCCUGCAUCAGUUCCCAUUCUCAUCAGCACUCCAGAGGAUGACAGUCAUUGUCCAGGAGAUGGGGGGCGACCGACUAGCAUUUAUGAAAGGUGCACCAGAGAAGGUGGCCAGUUUUUGCCAGCCUGAGACAGUACCGACUAGUUUUGCUAGUGAACUUCAGAUUUACACAACACAGGGUUUCCGGGUCAUAGCGCUGGCUUACAAGAAGCUGGGGAAUGACCACCACACCACUUCCUUGAUGAGGGAGAAGGUAGAAUCAGGCCUGAUAUUUCUGGGAUUACUGAUCUUGGAGAAUCGAUUGAAAGAAGAGACAAAACCUGUCUUGGAAGAGCUCAUCUCUGCCCAGAUAAAGACUGUGAUGAUCACAGGUGACAAUAUUCAGACUGCAAUAACGGUGGCCAGGAAGUCGGGGAUGGUUUCUGAAGGCCAGAAACUCAUUCUCAUAGAAGCAAAUGAAACUACUGGAUCCUCAUCGGCAUCUGUAUCUUGGAAAUUAAUAGAAGAGAAGAAACACAUUGCAUACGGGAAUCAGGACAAUUACAUUAACAUCCGGGAAGACGUCCCGGAUAAUGGCAGAGAAGGAAGUUAUCAUUUUGCCCUAAGUGGACAAUCCUUCCAAGUCAUAAGUCAACAUUUCAGCAGUCUACUGCCAAAGAUACUGAUCAAUGGGACUGUCUUUGCAAGAAUGUCUCCUGGACAGAAAUCCAGUCUGGUGGAAGAAUUUCAGAAACUGGACUACUUUGUAGGUAUGUGCGGAGAUGGAGCCAACGACUGUGGGCACGUGCGUCUGAAAAUGGCUCACGUGGGCAUCUCCUUAUCAGAGCAGGAGGCAUCCGUGGCCUCACCGUUCACGUCCAAAACUCCGAACAUUGAGUGCGUACCUCACCUUAUCAAGGAAGGACGUGCAGCUCUUGUUACCUCAUUUUGCAUGUUUAAGUACAUGGCUCUGUACAGCAUGAUUCAGUAUGUUGGUGUUCUGCUGCUCUACUGGGAGACAAAUAGCCUUUCAAACUACCAGUUUCUGUUCCAGGAUCUGGCCAUUACAACUCUUAUUGGUGUAACAAUGAACCUUAAUGGUGCCUACCCCAAGCUGGUGCCUUUCAGACCUGCAGGACGGCUGGUCUCCCCACCUCUGUUACUUUCUGUGAUUUUCAACAUUCUCCUCAGCCUGGCCAUGCACAUCGUGGGCUUCAUCCUGGUUCAGAGGCAGCCUUGGUAUUCCAUGGACAUGCGCAGUGCCUGCACAGUGCAAAAUGAAAGCAUUUCAAAGUUAACAACUUCUCCACCUGCUCCAGAAAAAAAUGGAAGUAACAGUGCCUUCACAAGUUUUGAGAACACCACUAUAUGGUUCUUGGGAACAAUCAACUGCAUUGUGGUGGCUCUUACAUUCUCUAAAGGAAAACCAUUUAGGCAGCCCACCUAUAAAAACUAUACAUUUGUCCUUGUGCUCAUCAUACAGCUGGGUGUGUGCCUGUUCAUUCUGUUUGCUGAUAUCCCAGAAUUACACAGGCGUUUGGAUCUGCUCUGCACGCCUGUCUUGUGGAGGGUCUACAUCGUCGUCAUGCUCAGCUCCAAUUUCAUUGUGUCCCUUGUCGUGGAGGAGGCUAUCAUUGAAAAUCGAGCCCUGUGGAUGGUAAUCAAAAGGUGCUUUGGUUAUCAAUCAAAAAGCCAGUAUCGGAUAUGGCAGAGAAACUUGGCAAAUGACCCCAACUGGCCCCCGCUGAACCAAACCUCCUUCUCUGACAUGUCAGGGUGUGACAGAGGGGUGUCUUACAGCAAUCCAGUGUUUGAGAGCAAUGAGGAACAACUUUGAAGGAAAUGUGAUCUCCACGCUGAUUUCAUAAGGACAUGAUGACUAAACGAACCAGUUUCCGUGAUUUUAAAGCAAGGAGACUCUUACAGUAUCUACUGUUGCUUUGGAGACACCUAUCGAAUCAUGACGAUAAAGUCUGUUCGAUACAAUACUUUCUGCUGAGAAGAAUGCAACCUCAGAAGAGCUUUCCUGUGGACUUCUGAAGGUGUUAGAGGCAUGAAUGAGCCAAGAAUGGACCACAGAGUGCAAUGGGCCAGGAGAUCAGAGAUUGAAGGAAGAUAAUUUGUUAUUUUCUUCUUAGGAUAAUAUUUCCUUUUUAAUGAGUUGAAGGGAAGUAGUACUUUGUAGACUCAUAGAGUUAUAACAUGUUGAAGAUUAUUUUUGAAUUCUGAUUUCACUGACGGAGAAACUAAUGCAUGGGCGCCAUCACACCAAUCUUUACUGGUUUUCUUUCCUUUGUAAUACUUUUUAGGAAUUGGGCUCUCCCUUCUGCUUUUGGCCUUCCCCUACAUUUUACUGAGGAUAAGCUCUGCCUACACACUGAUAGCAAACAACCCCGUACCUCAGUGCCUUCGCCCACAGGGCUCCUUUCUCGGUCCAGGUGACUGUCUAGAACAGCUGU